AUGCGCAGCAAGCUACGACGCAUCCUGCCGUUGAUGUGGUGGUUCAAGCAACACAACAGUCCAUUGACCAGCAUGAUGCAAUACCAUUACAUCGCACACGUGAAGAAGACCCCAAAACGAGUCUCCGUCUUGACAGGCUCGGCGUGGGUUCACGAGUUAUUGGUCGGGAACGACGAUCGAUUCGAAGAAGUCGCCCGAAUGCCAAAGCAUGUGUUCAAGGCGCUCGUCAAGGAACUUUUGGAGCACGGCCAGCUCAAACCAACGCAUACCGUCAGUGCAAACGAGCAAGUCGCCAUGUAUCUGUACUUCGCGGGGCAUCACGCAUCCAGCGCCAACCUGCAAGAGCGAUUUCAGCAUUCCGGGGACACGAUUACUCGCCAUCUCCAUCGGGUCCAGAAUGCAAUCCUUCAGUUGGCUGCAACCUACAUCCAACUACCACCCGACAAUGCUCCGUUGCCUCGACGUGUCCGCGACAGUAGGAAGUUCUUCCCGUUCUUCGCAAACUGUCGUAUGGCAGUGGACGGGACCCACAUUCCAGUGUCAGUGCCAACAAAAGACGUGAAAGCAUAUCAAGGACGCAAAGGAUUUACUCAAAACGUGCUUGCGGCGUGCGAUUUCAACAUGGUGUUCACGUACGUUCUUGCCGGUUGGGAAGGAUCGGCCGGUGAUGGUCGCAUUUACGCGGAUGCCCUCGAAAAAGGCCAGAAACCUCGUACAAAGGAGGAACUGUUCAAUCUUCGUCAUGCCAUGCUGCGAAACGUCGUUGAACGCAUAUUCGGCGUGCUCAAAAAGCGAUUUCCAGUCAUGAGCUCACCCGUGGAGUACAGCAUCGGCUUUCAAGUCGACAUGGUGUUGUCGCUGUGCACGGUGCACAAUUUUAUUCGGCUGCAUGGUUGCACAAACGAUAUCUACGUCCAAGAAGCGACUCGGGAACUGCGUGCCAGGAACAACGAACCCAUGCAACCCAACGACCAACCCCAACAUCACCCGGACCUGGAGACCACUGAAGCAAAAGCCUGGCGUGAUCAACUUGCAACUGACAUGUGGGAGCAGUACCAAGUUCAUUGCAACCGUCGUCAUGCACGACGGUAACGUAUUCAAGUCUACUCCGUUCCUAGUUUGUGUUCGAGCCAUGCAAUGCGUAAAUCGCCCUUGAGCUGGAGAAACACUGACGCGUUUGAUUCGAUUUCAAACACGUCACAUGCGGCAACAAGUCGCUGCAUGGGCAUCGACGCAAAUUCGCUUUGCAGAAUCCCGACGGCUUGCUCCGUGCGCGUGAGUUCCUUGGAAGCGGUCUUGGGCGACGAUUGCAAUAAACCGCAAAGCAAGUCGAACUGCGUCGCCGUCUCUUCUUUCUGCUUCUUCAUCUCGGCGAGCAUAUCGCCUCCCAAGGAUCCACGAUGGCGCUUGGGCGGCGGCGAACGUGGGGAUGGAGGUGCGCGCCGACUUGACGACUGCUCAUGAGCAAGAGGGGAAGGCAACCCAUCAUUCGUCGUCACAACCUCGUCGUUGUCACUGUAGUCCAGGUCGAAGUAGGGUCGGGGUACAUGCUGCCCAAAAUCGACGACCGGCAACAUGUCUGCGUUCGUGUCGGAAUGACCAUCCUCUGACACCGUGGAUGAUGUGCGCUUCUGAAGGCUUCCAGCAACUCUUGAGCCUUUUCCCGUCGCUAGGGUCCCUUUGUAGAGGCUUUCGCACAGAUGGAAGAGCGGGAACGGCUUGUUCUUCCAUUGCUGGUACUUCUUGGGCUUCGUGGACAAGUACGCAUCCCAUGUUGUGUCGAGGCAAACUACUAAGCAACGAUCUGACUCCCAGCCCAUCCCAGAUGCCUCCGCCAUGGUCGAGAUGAUGGAGUACUGUUCGCGCAAGGUGGCGUUGUGAGACUUCAGUUGCGCCAUCGUGAAUGAGCAGCCCGGCUUCAAGUUGAGUUUCUUCAACGCCUCUCCCCACGCUUCUUUCUUAAAGCCAGAGUUCGAUCGCUUUCCGAGCACGUUGGCUUGGUGUAUCAUCUCAUUCAACCACACUUGAUCGAGUUCUUGCGUCCAGGGGGUCAUUGCGCCGCAUGUUGUCUUGAGGACUGCAGCGUUCUUU